GUAGAAAAUGUCCUUUCGUGAGGAACUGAAAUGUAGUUUGUGGCUUUGUCGCAACACAGCUCAAAAAUCCUGCUGCUGCCACUUACAUAACGGCACAUCUCGGUUGUGUCUGGGAACAGGCUUGGAGCUGGUGAAAUUAGCAUCCUAGAGACACCCCUCCCCUCUCCAACACGUUUCACACAUAAGACUGUGUAAGUGCAUUAGCUUAAUCUCCUAUCUAACACGCAGCGAUCGGAGCAUUUCAGCAAACACAUACAUGCAGGUGAAGAUGGAGCUCCACACCCAAGUAUUCUCAAGAUGUCUGUGAUCUAAGUUGAAGAUCUUGGCCAACAUCUAACAAUUUGGAGGACUUGUAAAGGACAAUGUAUGGUUUCAACAUGCAUGUGUGGAUCGUAGUGUUGCUUUUUGCAGGAACAUUUUACUGUGAGGAUAUUGAUGGAUGUGAAAGGCAGCCAUGCCAAAACGGUGGCGCCUGUCAAAGCCACUCAGGAGGAUUCCGAUGCCUUUGUUUGCAGCAGAGCCAAAAUGGACGCCUGUACGGUGGGGAGGACUGUACAGUUCCUCUUUCAGGCUGUAACGAAAGCCAGUGUGAGAACGGAGGAGUAUGCUCUCCCUUGCUUGCGAAUGGCCAACAUACUCACGUGUGCAUCUGCCCUCCAGGUUACGCAGGGCCUAGAUGCCAGACCUCCACCACCUUCUCGUUUGAGUCACAGGGCUACAUGUACAUAGACGCAAAGCAACUGGACCCACAAUCUCCUCUUAAUGUGACCUUCAGCUUUAGAACAGAAAACCCAACUGGGACCCUGUUUCAGCACAGGGUGGACGACUUGCUCGUCACCAUCGAGCUGAUAGAUGGACACCUCUGCCUCCUUAGCUUGAGAGAUCAAGGCAACAGGACACUGGUUCAAAAACUCCCAGAGUACUUGUCCAACAGCAAGUGGCACACAGCUGAAGCAUCGCUGGGUGGCGAGGCCAGUCUCAUCAGGCUUCUCUGCAGCGAAAGGAGCUGCACCAGUGUCUCCAGCCUUGAAGUCCAGCUGAUGGAUGAAGCUGCUGCUCUACCUGAUCCAGGAGCUGUUCGUCAAAGCCUCUUUGUUGGAGCCAUCGGGGGGAACUGGUCUUCAGGCAGAGCCGAGGACGGAGCAAAUCAUCCACCUGCCUUCCUGGGCUGCUUUAGGGAUGUCUUCGUAGACUCUAAUCUGGUGCUGCCUGCUGAAGUGCCAAAAGACUCAGACACCCAGAAGAACGCCAUAGCUGGGUGCAGUGACAAGGACAAGUGUGAGGACAGCCCGUGUCAGAACAGAGGGCACUGUGUGAGUCAGGGCUGGAGGAGAUACGUCUGUAAAUGUCACCGGCCGUAUGAAGGAGACAACUGUGCAGAGGAGUAUAUCACUGCCAGAUUCGGAAACAGAGAUCUUGAAAGCUACGCUUUGUUCUCAUUAGACAACGACCCGGGAGAUUCUCUGGUUAUAUCCAUGUUCAUUCGGACCAGACAGUCCAGUGGCCUGCUUCUCAUCCUGGCCAACACCACCAGCCAGUACCUUCGCCUGUGGCUGGUGGAUGGGGGCAGGGUCAAAGUUCAGGUCAACAACUUUGAAACUCUCGUUGGUCAGAACACUGUCAACAAUGGCCACUUCCACCUGGUCACUGUGAAGCUGGAUGCAACCACAGCCACUUUGUCCCAGUCAGCUCAGGUCCAGGGCUCUAUGGCCAUCAGGCGAGUGCAAGCCCAUCCUGGGGAUCUGGUUUACGUCGGGGGUCUGCCAGACUCAAGGGCCUCGGCUUCUUUCGGUGGCUACUUCAAGGGAUGUGUCCAGGAUCUGAGGAUGAACAGCAAACGCCUGCAGUUCUAUCCAGUACCAACUCCUGUGGAGUCCUACAACCUCGAGAAGCUCGUAGGUGUCGCAGAAGGAUGCAGCAGUGACAACGCUUGUGCUGCCAACCCUUGCCUCAAUGGCGGGGAGUGUUACUCCAUGUGGGAUGAUUUCCUCUGCAGCUGCCCCCCCAACACAGCGGGGCGACGAUGUGAGGAGGUGAAAUGGUGUGAGCUGUCUCCCUGCCCCGUGGAAACCGUCUGCCUGCCCCUCUCACAAGGCUUUGAGUGUUUGUCCAACGUGACGUUUCGGCCUGAAAACAGCAUUUUGUGGUAUCGCAUUAACAGGAAGAUGAAGCGCAGCCCCACCAAUGUCUCCCUCAGCUUCCGUACCAGACAGUCAGCUGCCAUUUUGCUUCAUGCGCAGAGAGACUCUCACCACAUAACGGUCUCUCUCCUCAACUCUCAUUUGGCUAUGGAGCUCCAGGCCGGGGCUGAAAAUCACUCUCUGUUGGUGACAGCUCAAAGCCUGGCUCCACUCAGUGACGGUGAGUGGCACUUUGUGUCCAUCAGCAAAGACAAACCGGCUCCAGCUUCCAGGUGGAUCAUGGCUGUAGAUGGAGACAAAGAGUACAUCAGUGUUUCCAAAGCAGCUGUUGGGGACUUGAACUUUCUCAGGGAUGGAGCAGACAUUUUCCUGGGGGGCCUAAGCCAGGAAUCUGGAGCAACCUUUUCAGGGUGUCUAGGUCCAGUGGAGAUCGGGGGUCUUCAUCUACCGUUCCACCUGGACACAGAGCUGAACCUCCCCAGACCUCAGGAGGAGUGGUUUGUGAGGGGAAGCAGUAAUAAUUCACCACAGUAUGGGUGCUGGGGAGCCAGGGUGUGUGCUCCAAACCCGUGCCAGAAUGGGGGUGCGUGUGAGGACCUGUUCGACCAGCAUCAGUGUAGGUGUCCCUCCGAGUGGACUGGAUCCUUGUGCCAAGACCAGACAGACGCCUGCAACUCCCACCCAUGUGUCUACGGUAACUGCACCAGCCUACCCAGGGGCUUUAAGUGUGAGUGCGAGGUGGGCUUCACUGGUGAACAGUGCGAGGCAGAAGUGGAUAUGUGUGAAAACAGCAGCUGCAGCUAUGGUGCCACCUGCCUAAAAGGCUUCCAGAGCUACACGUGUCUGUGUCCCCGGAACAUGACAGGCCAUUACUGCGAUGUUAAAAUCCCUGAAACCCCUUGGUUCAUUGAGACAGAUCCCCUUCCUCAGUUGCCUGCCUCUUCCUGUGUGGGUACAAGAUGGAACUACAGCUGCUUUAAUGGAGGAAACUGCUCUGAAGCCGAGAACACCUGCUACUGCCUGCCUGGCUUCACCGGCCAAUGGUGUGAAAAAGAUAUAGACGAAUGUGCCUCAGACCCGUGUAUGAACGGAGGCUUCUGCAUCAACUACGUGAACAGCUUUGAGUGCGUGUGCGACAUGAACUACUCGGGCGUGUACUGCCAAAUGGACGUCAGCGACUUCUACAUGUAUCUGUUCCUGGGCCUGUGGCAGAACCUCUUCCAGCUCGUGUCCUACCUCGUCAUCCGCCUCGAUGACGAGCCGGAGAUCGAGUGGGGGUUCCACGUCAACGACUAGACAAAAAACGUUCCCUGUUUCAUCCACGCGGGCCAAACUGUGAAUGUGCUCCCCAGGAAUCAGGCAGUCCUACAGACACAGAACGGGCCGUUACAUAUUUCAUCAGGACUUUUUCUGUUCGGAUUUCUCCUUGACUUCUAAUGAGGUUACAUGAAAACAUCAGGAAGACACUGAGCGGCGGCACUCAACAUGAAUAAAAUGUAUUUAACUGUUGUUUGAUCUCUAGGUAUGCUAUAGUGAAUUGAAAAGUAAUUGAGAAGUUAAUAUAUUUCAUUAAUUAAAUUUAAAUUUAAAUUAAAGUUAAAUACAUCACAAAUAUCGAUACACUAUACUAUAUCCCAUCUUGCAUUUCAAGCCUUUCUGUUAAUUUUGAUAAAAUAUAUGGUUUAUAAUUUUAAAAAAAAAGUUUGGUUUCUGAGAAGACGAACCAAAAAUGUUUUUAUUUACAGAAACAUGAUGUCAAUUGCACCCUCUGGCUGGCUCCAUCCAAGCAAAUUAAUGGAAGGUGGUGUGGAAGUAAAAGGUGCAUAAACCAAAGAGAUAACAGCAGCUUUAAGAGAAACGUGAAGCAAAGCCUAUUAGAGCGUUUACACAAUCCAAGACGUGGACUGCAGCUGGAAUCAGAGCUUCAAUAGCCAUCAUCCAGAGGUCGACUUCUGUCACAUUAAAUGUGUUAAUUCCUAAACCAGGGACAACUUUAGAAGCAAUUUGCCAAUCCCCUUCUUCAGAUUAAAUUUGCAAUUAAUUUGGUAAUCAGUGGCAAGACAGAAUCAAAGCUGUUUCAGGUCCAGCGUGAUGUUUCUAGUCAGAUGAUCUGGGGUUCCAGUUUGUCUGCUGGUGUCGGUUGGUCCACUACGUUUUCUCAAAUUGAAAGAGUGGGUUUCCUUCUGAUUUCCUUUAUCAGGUGGCCUUGGUACCUGCCCAGCUGCCAAAAGUA